CAAAUGUUAAUAGAUACUGUAAAUUUUUUUGAAAAAUUUUAUUCUAUUUGAAAAUCGUAUUUUUAAAUGCUUCCUGGAAUGAGUCAUUAAAAUAAUGACAUAAUCAUUAUAAUUACAAAACUUAGAGAUAAUAAGUUUGUAAAUUGAAAACUAGUACAAAAUGACAACUCAAAUUGAAAGUGCUGAAGCUCUUCCAGGAUUGGGAACGAGACAUGGACAAUGUUUACUUCUUUUCUUUGGAAUUUCAGUUAGCUAUGCAAAUCGAAUAUGCAUGUCAAUAAACGUUGUUGCAUUAGAAGAAGAAGCAAAAAAAAAUGAAAGAACAUUUGGAUCUUAUGAGAUGGGUUUUGUAUCAGCUUCAUUUUUUGUUGGAUAUCUAUUGAUGCAAUUACCAUCAGGCUAUUUAGGCAGACGUUAUAGUGCAAGAAUAGUACUCAGUUUGGGUGUAAUGAUGAAUGGAAUAGCUGGUUUAUUGUGUCCUCUUGCAUAUGACCUUGGUGAUUGGAUGACACUAUGUGCUUGUAGAAUAAUAAUGGGUCUUAGUCAAGCAGCUUUAUUACCAUGUGUUCAUACACUUUUAUCGAAAUGGGUACCACCAAAUGAACGUGGAAAACUUUGCAGUGGUACUUAUUCUGGUGCACAAUUUGGUACAAUAAUUGCUUAUCUUGCAUCUGGAUAUCUCAUUGAUAUUGCUGGUUGGAGAUUUGUAUUUUAUUUCUGGGGAACAGCUGCAAUAAUAUGGUCAAUAAUAUUUUUAAUAAUUGGCUCUGAUUCACCAUCUUCAUCAAGCAAAAAAACAUGUUGUAGUAUUAGCAAAGGAGAAAAGAAAUAUAUCGAAAGUAGUCUUGGUGUUUAUCGUGAUUUAGAAAAACCCAUUACAACACCAAAUAAAAAGAAUAGAAAAACACCAUGGAAAGCAAUAUUUGGAUCAGUGCCAUUUUUGGCUCUUAUUAUUGUUCAUUGUUGUCAAAAUUGGGGCUACUGGAUGCUUUCAACUCAGAUACCAACUUACUUAUCACACGUAUAUGAUAAAAAUAUAAAAGAGAGUGGACUUGAAUCGUCAUAUCCGUAUAUUGCCAUGAUGAUAUUGACAAUACCAAUGACCGUUAUAUCCGAUUGGAGUAGAAAUAAAAAUAUAUCACCUGGUGUAAUUAGAAAAGUAAGCAAUACAAUUGGACAUUGGGGACCAGGUAUUGCACUUUUUUAUCUUACAUUUUUAACAAAAGAUAAUACAACAUUGGUUAUUUAUAUUCUCAUUGUUGCUGUUGGUCUUAAUGCUGGUACACUAUGUGGUUUUCAAAUUAAUCAUAUGGAUCUUAGUCCAAAUUAUGCUGGCAUUUUAAUGGCAAUUACAAAUUGUAUAGCAUCAAUUGUUGCAAUUGCAGCACCAAUUAUUGUUGGUCUCGUUGUAACUAAUCUGGAAAAUAUCGAUCAAUGGAAAUUAAUAUUUUAUGCAUCUGUUGUUAUUUAUUUUGUUGGUAAUUUAAUUUUUAUCAUAUUUGGAUCAGGAGAUGUUCAGUGGUGGAAUAAUUACGAUAAUUCGAAAAAUGAUAAUGAUGAUAGCAACUGUACUUCUAUCAGACCAACAUUAUCAUCUUCGAUAAAUCUUCAAAAUAUUAAAACUGAUAAUUAAAAUUAGUCUAUAUUUUGUUUUAACCAAAGGUCAUUGACAUGAAAAAAAUAAAUGAUUGUAUCAUAUCGAAAUGUAAAAAUACAAGAUUUAAAUAAUCAAUAUUGUUUUUCGAUUUAAAAAAAAAUAUUAUUAUUAUUAUAAAUAUAUAAAUAAAAAAUAUAAUUUAAACAAAUUAAUUAGCAUAAAUUAGCAGGACAUGAAAAAUGUAUUAUUAUCUAGAAAAUAUGUUGUUAUUGGAAUUUCAAGAAAUAUGAUAAAUUAAUUAAUCAAUUAUGAUUUUAUGAGUAUCCUGUAAACUAAAAUAUGUGAAAAAUAAAUACACAUAAAUAAAGUGUUGAAAUAUUGAUGAAUAAAUUGAUUGACAAAAAAAUAAAAAAAAAAAAAAGAAUAGAGUUAAUAUU